CCUCUCUCUUCCUCUCUCCUCUCCUCUCUCCUCUCUCCUCUCCUGUCCACUCCACCACCCCCCCUGGCCACUACACCUUGAGCAACUUUCAAUGUAUGCCCAUGGCCGGAGCUCAGCCCGGAGUCCACGCUCUCCAGCUCAAGCCGAUCUGCCUGCCCGACAACUUGAAGCGAGGCAACAAAUUCAUGAAAUGGGACGAUGACUCCACAUCUGUGACCCCCAUCACAUUGAAGAUCGACCCAGUUGGACUGUUCCUCUACUGGACUGAUCAAAACAAGGAGACAGACCUGUUGGAAAUCAGCCUCGUCAAAGAUGCCAGGACUGGAAAAUACGCAAGAAAUCCCAAGGACACAAAGCUCCGGGAAUUGUUGGACGUGGGGAUUCAAGGAAGCCGCCUGGAGAACAGGAUGGUGACGGUGGUCUAUGGUCCCGACUUGGUCAACAUCUCCUAUCUCAACUUCAUGGCCUUCCAAGAAGAUGUAGCUAAGGAAUGGACUAAUGCCCUCUUCAACUUGGCAACCAACCUGAUGGCCCAGAACAGAUCGAGGGACACCUUAUUACACAAAUCGUACACCAAGCUGAAACUUCAAACCAACCAAGAUGGCCGGAUUCCUGUCAAAAACAUCUUCCGUUUGUUUUCUGCCGAUCGGAAGCGGGUGGAGACGGCGUUAGAUGCUUGUGGGCUUCCUUCAGGCAGGAAUGACUCCAUUCCACAAGAAAAUUUCACACCUGAUGUAUUCCAAGCGUUCUUGAACAACAUUUGCCCACGUCCUGAAAUUGAUGGCAUCUUUUCCGAAUACGAAAGGAAGGGCGGGCCUUACCUGACCGUGGACCAGAUGACCGACUUCAUCAACUCGAAGCAGAGGGAUCCGCGUUUGAACGAGAUCCUGUAUCCGCCCAUGAAACAAGAUCAAGUCCAGCUGCUCAUUGAGAAGUACGAGCCAAACGAGGACCUAGCAAAGAGAGGUCACAUUUCAAUCGACGGCUUCAAGAGAUAUUUGAGUGGGGAUGAGAAUGGAGUCAUUCCUCUUGAGAAGUUGGACCUGAGUGAAGAUAUGACCCAGCCCAUGUCCCACUAUUUCAUCAACUCCUCACAUAACACAUACCUCACAGCUGGACAGCUGGCCGGAUACUCUUCCGUAGAAAUUUAUCGCCAGGUGUUGUUGGCGGGAUGCCGGUGCGUGGAGCUGGACUGUUGGAAGGGGCGUUCGACCGAGGAGGAACCUGUCAUCACCCAUGGCUUCACAAUGACGACGGAAAUCUGCUUCAAGGAAGUAAUUGAGGCUAUCAAUGAAUGUGCCUUCAAGACAUCUCCUUACCCGGUGAUUCUUUCCUUCGAAAACCAUGUUGACUCUCCUAAACAGCAGGCUAAGAUGGCGGAGUACUGCAGGUCGAUAUUCGGCGAUGCGUUGCUAAUAGAAGACCUGGAAAAAUACCCGUGUCUGGAGUCGGGCGUUCCGCUCCCGAGCCCACACGAGAUGAUGGGCAAGAUUCUUAUUAAGAACAAGAAGAAAGGGCACAAGUCGUCUGAUGGCAGUGCAAAGAAGAAGCUGUCGGAGCAAGCCUCCAACACGUACAGCGACUCGUCCAGCGUCUUUGAACCCUCCUCUCCGGGAGCCGCCUCAUCCAACCACGAGGAGACGGACGGGGCGCAGCAAUCCGGAGCAGAUGGGGUUGAAAAAACCGUGGAAAAGUCAGGGAAGGAGAUCGCGGAGCAGAAAGUCAUCGGCAGAAAGUCAAUAGGAGAAGGGGACGCGGAGAGCGAAGACGAUGAUGAUGAUGAUGAGGAGGAUUCAAAAAAAUCUUCAAUGGAUGAGGGAACGGCAGUAUGCGAAGCCAACGCCACAGAGGAAAUGUCCAAUCUGGUCAACUACAUUCAACCCGUGAAGUUUGAAUCAUUCGAGGUGGCUAAGAAGAAUAAUAAGAGCUUCGAGAUGUCAUCAUUCGUGGAGACGAAGGCUCUGGAACAGUUGACAAAAUGUCCGGUGGAGUUUGUGGAAUAUAACAAGCGACAACUCAGCCGUAUCUAUCCCAAGGGGACGCGGGUGGAUUCCUCCAACUACAUGCCUCAGGUAUUCUGGAAUGCCGGAUGUCACCUGGUGGCCCUGAACUUCCAGACGUUAGACCUGGCCAUGCAGCUGAACAUGGGGAUGUUCGAACACAACGGGAAGAGUGGCUUCCGCCUGAAGCCAGAGUUCAUGAGACGAACGGACAAACACUUUGACCCUUUCACCGAGAGCACAGUUGACGGCAUCGUGGCCAACACCCUCUCAGUGAAGGUUAUCUCUGGCCAGUUUCUUUCUGAUAAGAAGGUUGGGACGUACGUGGAGAUCGACAUGUUUGGUCUACCGGUGGACACAAGACGGAAGGCCUUCAAAACGAAAACUUUGCAGAACGCGGUGAAUCCUGUCUGGGAGGAUGAGCCCAUUGUGUUUAAGAAGGUCGUGCUGCCAUCAUUGUCUUCCUUGAGGAUCUCUGUCUAUGAAGAAGGAGGUAGAUUUAUUGGCCACAGAAUAAUGCCCGUGCAGGCCAUCCGUCCAGGUUAUCGCUACAUCUGCCUGAGGAAUGAGCGGAACCAGCCGUUGAUGCUCCCUGCAAUCUUCGUCUACAUCGAGGUUAAGGAUUAUGUCCCCGACACCUUCGCAGAUGUGAUUGAGGCCCUGUCUAACCCAAUUCGAUACGUGAAUCUGAUGGAGCAGAGAGCGCAGCAGCUCGUGGCUCUGACACUGGAGGACGAGGAAGAAGAAAAGAAAGACACGGAAUCGGGUGACGUCCCCUCGGAGCCCAACGCCGAUCCGAAGCCAUCUCCCGCAGAGAACGGAGUGAGCCCCACCCCCGGACUGACACCCAAACCGCCCACGCACGUUACCCAGAGUCAACCCGCCCCAGCUGCAGUCAAACCAACCGGGAAAGCUGAGGAUCUGGUUCAGAACGUACUGUCGGAGGUGGAGGCCCAGACGGUGGAGGAGCUGAGGCAACAGAAAGCCUUUGUGAAACUGCAGAAGAAGCACUACAAAGAGAUGAAGGAGCUGGUGAAGAAGCACCACAAGAAAACCACCGACUUGAUCAAGGAGCACACGGCCAAGUCCAGCGAGUUUCAGAACGACUACCUGAGGCGCAGAGUAGUCCUGGAGAAAUCGGCAAAGAAAGACGGCAAGAAGAGUCCAGAUCACCCCGGCUCAUCGAUCGAGAAGGAACUUGCCGCCCUCGAUGCAGACAUGACCCAGAAACUAGCCGAGCUGAAGGACCAGCAACAGCAGCAGCUUCUGAACCUCAGGCAGGAGCAGUAUUACAGUGAAAAGUACCAGAAGCGGGAACAUGUUAAACAGCUGGUGCAAAAGCUCACCGAAGUGGCCGAGGAAUGUCAGACCAACCAGCUGAAGAAGCUGAAAGAACUCUGUGAAAAGGAGAAGAAGGAACUGAAGAAGAAAAUGGACAAAAAGCGUCAGGAGAAGAUCGGCGAGGUGAAAUCAAAGGACAAGAACCAAAUGGAAGAGGAAAAGACAGAGAUUAUAAGAUCUUACAUCCAUGAAGUGGUGCAGUCUAUCAAAAGGCUGGAGGAUGGCCAAUCGAAGAGACAAGACAAACUGGUGGACAAGCAUAAGGAAGUGCGCCUGCAAAUCUUGGAUGAGAAGCCAAAGCUACAGAGCGACCUCGAUCAGGAAUACCAGGAUAAAUUUAAGAGGCUGCCACUGGAAAUCCAAGAGUUUGUCCAGGACACGUUGAAAGGCAAGUUCAGUGAAGAUGUCGACCACGUUGCCUCCGCGCCCACCCAGCAAACGGACGAAGGAAAACCCAACCACAAGUCGUCGAGCGAAGACAAAGUGGAAGACAGCAAGUCGGAUAAAGUGUUCGACACUUCGCUUUAGUCAUAAGGUCCUCCUCCCCCCCCCACCCCCCGUCUUAAAACCCCGUUAACCCCCUGCGUUUUUUUUCCUGUUCGUUUAAGCAUCGCCGCACGCAGGUUUGCGGACGGGAGAAUAACCACUCGGUCGCACGCUUGCGCCGUGACCGAUCUCUUCACAAACGAAGCCAGUCGCCGGGAUCUUAACUUGCGCGCGUGUGUUUCGUCCGAGUGCCAGUGGGAAACGUAACUGCGCAGUGCUACACGUUUCAGUAAACUUAAAAAAAAAUAAAACCUCCAUCGGGAAGGAACUCGAGAUUUUACGGGAUGUAAAGUGGCAAAAAAAUGAAAAUAAAAGGAGAAAUAAAUUUGGCAGCCACGCCUUCAUAACAUUGCAUGUUUUCACUGGUGGGAGAUCCUUUGCUUUGAGCUGCAGGCUCAGGCCAGCCCUGGUCCAUGCAUUGUGUGCGAGCGAGUAAGCGAGCAGGCGAGUUCACCGACCACAGUACUGGUGCAGCAUCGCAUACUUUUGACUUUGGUUCCCGCUGGAGUAUAAAGGGCCUGUCACACUUGCCGACUAUUUUCGGCGACUGCCGGCGUCAUAUCAGAUGUUGCGACACUCGUGCGGCUGGCCUUGCCGAGGCAGCGUGAGGUGCAAAUGGAAUCAAUCAGUUAUGUGAUGUGUCAAUAAAUGAAAGUAAAAUCAAUUCACGCCGCAAAGGUUUCGGUGACCUGAUACGUCUGUCGAUGAUGCCGGCAGUCACCGAAAAGAAAUCGGCAAGUGGGACAGGCCCUUAAGAUUGCUGCUUAACAUAACGGAAAUCUUGGUCGCGCUUACGCUAAAACUCUGUGUAGCUUCGUGAAGUGUAUUUUUAAAAAAAACAAAGGGAAAUCAGUUUCAGGGACGCAUGCGUGGUGGAAAUAAUGUGGUUCUCACUGUGGAUACUUUAUAAAUAUAGUCUUUAAGCAGCAGUAUUAUCGUACGGUUUGUGCUGUCAUGUAACUUUGAGGUAACGUUGCAGGUUUCAAACAAAGAGAUGUGUGAUUCCCUUCUGCGUAUAUGAAGUGCGGUUACAUUAAUGUCACAGUUUUCCACACCACUGCUACUGUGGGUUAUCAAUGUACGUGAUGUAACUGGGAGAUCCGACAUCCUACUAACUGCACAGUGUUGUAAACUUGUUACGCGCCCGAGGAUUUUCUGUUUAAUUUGUACAAGUGGCUGUAAAUAACUUGAAGGGAAAAGACAAAUCUGCAGGCAAGUUAUUGUUCUACUCUGUAUGUAUGCACUUUGUGAAUGAAAUUUUAAUUUCAAAAACUAAACACUGAAAAUGCGAUAUUACUGACAAUUAGAGAACACUGUAAACUAUUCAAGCAUCUUUACGGUGGCGUGUCACCGAAGCAAUCCGUGCAACCCGAGUUCUUUGGCUUUAUUCACUCUAUGGCCAUACAAAGCAAAACCCAACUUAGACAACAGACAAUAGGUGCAGGAGGAGACCAUUCGGCCCUUCGAGCCAGCGCCGCCAUUCGGCCCUUCGAGCCAGCGCCGCCAUUCGAGGUCAUUCGAUCCUUCGAGCCAGCGCCGCCAUUCAAUGUGAUCAUGGCUGAUCAUCCCCAAACAGUAUCCCGUUCCUGCCACCUCCCCAUCUCCCCUGACUCCGCUAUCUUUUAAGAGCCCCAUCUUGCUCUUAGAUCAACGGUGGCGCAGCGGUAGAGUUGCUGCCUCGCAGCGCCAGAGACCCGGGUUCGAUCCCGACCACGGGCGCUGUCUGUACGGAGUUUGUCCUCCCCGUGACCCGCGUGGGUUUUCUCCGAGAUCCUCGCUUUCCUCCCACACUCCAAAGACGUACAGAUUUGUAGGUUAAUUGGCUUGGUAUAAAUGUGCAAAUUGUCCCCAGUGUGUGUAGGAUAGUGUUAGUGUGCGGGGGGAUCGCUGGUCGGCACAGACUCUGCGGGCCGAAGGGCCCGUUUCCCCGUGGUAUCUCUAAACUAAACUGAAAAAAAUAACUGCUGUGUUGAAUGAGCUGGAAACACAAAUGUUUAUGAUUUAAGAGAAUAUUUGAUGGCAUCAAAACUACAACUUAAACCAUAUCUUGAAUAAAUCCAAAGGCUCCGGUAUUAAGUGUUAAUUGAAAUCUUUACCAUUAUUUGCAGUAUUUGUGUAAUAUGAUGUUUUAGUAAAGCAUUUAAACAUCUCUUUAUUUUUAUACGACUUAACUCGCUAUUUGAAUGAAAACCCCACUAACACUGGGUCUAGCCAUUUAACGCUCCAUUUACAAUGGUGCCAUCCUGUGUUUUUACUUCUUAUCGGUUUAGGCAGUGUGUCGGAAGAUUGCGAAAAUAGAAAUUCAUAGUUUUGUUUCGUCGGUACAAACGCCGUGGUUUUUUCAACUUUUAAACAGAAGAUUGUGUGUAAGUCUGUGUGUGUGUGUGUGUGUGCGUGUGCGUGUGCGUGUGUGUACCUACAUAUGUGCACCUGUACACAUGAUACAAGAAUACAUAACCGCACACUCUGUUUUUGUUGUUUAACGUUACUUGAAUUAGUUUGUUGAACUUUUAACAAAUCUACGAAGGGGUCGAUAUGAUGUGAAAGUGUUUUUUUGCCUUGUUUGUGUAUAUCUGUCUAAAUAGAAUAUUCCCAAAGUGUUGUGGAAAUCUGUAUUGAUGGCUGUUGUGUCUCUUGAACUAGAUUGUACACGUACUUGAUGUGACGGUUGCAAGGCCUGACGGUUUGUAUGCAGCAUCAAAUGCGGGUCAUUUUUGCAUUAAACAUUGCAAUUGUUUCACAAACUUCAGCUUGGACACCACAAAGGGGGCGGAUGACAAAAUGUUUGGCCAUAGUGGAGAGAACACAUAUGCGGUCCCUCUUUGACUCAUCGAUCAUAUUCAAUGUUUAACAAUGAACUGCAGAUGCUGGAAAAACCGGAGGUAGACAAAAAUGCUGGAGCAACUCAGCGGGUGAGGCAGCAUCUAUGGAGCGAAGGAAUGGGCGACGUUUCGGGUCGAGACCCUGCUUCAGACUGAUGUGGGGGUGGGUGGGGCAGAAAAAAGAAAG